AUGUCUUCCACUUAUAAUAUUCAAGAUUCGUUCCCACUUGAACCACUUCGCAAACCCAAACAUAAAAAGUGUCAUGGUUGCAAAAAGUGCUUGGGUUACAAACCAGUCCCAGGACCAAGGGGACCCAAGGGUGACCAGGGUGACAAAGGUAUACAAGGAUUGACAGGACCUGCAGGACCAGCAGGGCCAGCAGGACCUGCUGCACCAAUUAGCUUUCUGAUUAAUACGACAAACACGAAUACUCACAACCAGACCCUUUCCAAUACCGAUACCAACGAUACCACUACCAAUAAUAGCCAUUCCAAGGAUCGCCACGAUGCCGAUAUCGAUGUCAAUAAGAAACAUAUCGAUCGCCACGAUUUCGAUAUCGAUGUCGACAAGAAAUAUAUCGAUAAGAGUGAUAAUUCUAAGAAGUUCAUUAAGAGUCUUAACGACAAUUCCGACAAUACCGAUAAACACAUCGAUAAGAGCGAUAAUUCUAAGAAGUUCAUUAAGAGUCUUAACGACAAUUCCGACAAUACGGAUAAACACAUCGAUAAGAGCGAUAAUUCUAAGAAACAUAUUGAUCGCCAUGAUAUCGAUAUCGAUGUCGAUAAGAAAUAUAUAGAUGAGAGUGAUAAUUCUAAGAAGUUCAUUAAGAGUCUUAACGACAAUUCCGACAAUACCGAUAAACACAUCGAUAAGAGCGAUAAUUCUAAGAAACAUGUUGAUCGCCACGAUAUCGAUAUCGAUGUCGACAAGAAAUAUAUAGAUGAGAGUGAUAAUUCUAAGAAGUUCAUUAAGAGUCUUAACGACAAUUCCGACAAUACCGAGAACAAGAAACACAUCGAUAAGAGCGAUAAUUCUAAGAAGUUCAUUAAGAGUCUUAACGACAAUUCCGACAAUACUGAGAACGAGAAACACAUCGAUAAGAGCGAUAAUUCUAAGAAGUUCAUUAAGAGUCUUAACGACAAUUCCGACAAUACCGAGAACGAGAAACACAUCGAUAAGAGCGAUAAUUCUAAGAAUAUCAAUAAGAGCCAUAGCGACAAUUCCAAGAAUAUCGAUUUCGAGAAAAACAUUAAGCAUUAG